UUCGAAGCACGAGUUGAUGAAUCCGCCUCUCGAAUAUAUCCUCCUUCUGAAUAUAAGCCUACCGUCUGGCUCUCGCUAUCGUGUCUGAUUGCGCGGUGGAUUCGCAAUUCCGAGCAGCUUUUAAAACAAAUCAUUCAGACCGCAGCCAGACUUUGCCAGAGGUAAAGACCAGCAUAGAAGAGAGAAGAGGGUUGAGAGAAAGCGAUAGGCGCGUUCACACUGGGAUAACAGCUGGACUGGAUAUGCAAAUGUCUGCCAGGAAUGACCGCACUGAGCACCCACGAGCCUUCUCAUGUAUCUGAUCGAUAGGGGAUAUUAGGGCCAGCUGGCCAGAGCGGGCACAGUUAUAAACAACUCGAUGACUGCGCGGCUCACUCUAAGCAAGUUGAGGAACAGUGUGCAUCACAGACUGUCGAAACCAAGCGCCCACCGCGACGUUAAACAUAUUCAGCUGUCAAAUAGGCUACAAGUCUACUUUCGCAACAACAUGUCACUGUUUUGCCAGGACAGCGGUGUUUGAAUGACUCGGACAGGGAGGACAUACGUUGGCAGCCCUAAGGUUUUCGACAUGCCAGAGAAUGUUUCGUUCUCCAGGAACCGCACGGUUCUGGACACGCGGCCGGGGACGCGUCCCGCAUGGGCUAUCACGGUACUGGCCAGCGUGCUGAUCUUCACCACCGUGGUGGAUGUCUUGGGCAACUUGCUGGUUAUCAUUUCAGUGCUUAGGAACCGGAAACUUAGAAAUGCGGGGAACGUGUUUCUGGUGAGCCUGGCCUUUGCUGACCUGGUGGUGGCCUUCUACCCCUACCCCCUGGUGCUCUACGCCAUCUUCCAUGACGGCUGGUCGCUGGGAGAGACACAGUGCAAAGUCAGUGGAUUCCUGAUGGGCCUGAGCGUCAUCGGCUCCAUCUUCAACAUCACCGGCAUCGCCAUUAACCGCUACUGCUACAUCUGUCACAGCUUUGCUUAUGAUAAGCUCUACAGCUACCGCAACACCCUCCUACUCGUGGGGCUCAUCUGGCUCCUCACCAUCCUGGCCAUCAUACCAAACUUUUUCGUAGGCUCACUCCAGUACGACCCCAGGGUGUAUUCGUGUACCUUUGCUCAGGCCGUCAGUACAUCGUACACCAUCACUGUGGUGGUGAUUCAUUUCUUUGUGCCCAUCGCCGUGGUUACCUUCUGCUACCUGAGGAUCUGGAUCCUGGUUAUCCAGGUGAGGAGGAAGGUGAAGUCAGAGGUGAAGUCUCGACUCAAACCCAGCGACAUGCGCAACUUCAUCACCAUGUUUGUGGUGUUCGUGCUCUUCGCCAUCUGCUGGGCGCCGCUCAACUUCAUUGGGCUGGCCGUGGCCAUCGACCCGGAGACUGUGGCGCCACGGAUCCCCGAGUGGCUGUUCGUGGUCAGCUACUUCAUGGCGUACUUCAACAGUUGCCUUAACGCCAUCAUCUACGGCCUUCUCAACCAGAACUUCCGUAAGGAAUACAAACGGAUUAUCAUGGCCAUGUGGAUGCCUGGUCUGUUCUUCCAGGAGGCUUCACAGGGGGGUACAGAGGGCAUGAGGAGCAAGCACUCACCCAGACUGGGACUCAACAACAACGAUCACGUCAAAGGAGAGGCUUUGUGACGUUGACGCCAAGGUUCUCUACUCCUUUCCCAUGUGUUUUGUUUAUUUUUUCAGUCGUGGAGCCAUUUCUCUAUAUAUCUCACUGACUGCACAGUUGUGCUGUUACCAAAGCCUCAAUGAACUCUCGGAAUGGUGCGGAUUAAAGAGAGAGAGCGCGACAUACACAAGAAAAGAGAGAGGUGUUGACUGAUGAUAACUGACUCUGUUAUUCACAAUUCAAAGAGUGCCAUUCAUGAAGCAUAACGUAUACACUACAUUACCAAAGUAUGUGGACACCUGCUCAUCAAACAUCUCAAUCCAAAAUCAUGGGCAUUAAUAGAGAUUUGGUCUCACCUUUGCUGCUAUAACAGCCUCCACUCUGAUGGGAAAGCUUUCCACUAGAUGUUGGCACAUUGCUGCGGGGACUUGCUUCCAUUCAGCAACAAGAGCAUUAGUUAGGUCGGGCACUGAUGUCGGGCGAUUUGACCUGGUUCACAGUCGGAGUUCCAAUUAAUCCCCAAAAUGUUUGAUGGGGUUGAGGUGAAAACCAGUCCCAGAUCAUUAUUGUUCCUCCACCAAAGUUUACAGUUGGCACUAUGCAUUGGAGCAGGUAGUGCUCUCCUGACAUCUACCAAACCCAGAUUCCUCCGUUGGACUGCCAGAUGGUGAAGAGUAAUUCAUCACUCCAGCGAACUCGUUUCCACUGCUCCACAGUCCAAUGUCGGCAAGCUUUACACCACUCCAGCCGGUGCUUGGCAUUACGGAUUGGUAAUCUUAUGCUUGUGUGCUGCUGCUUGGCCAUGGAUGAACAGUUAAUGUGCUGACGUUGCUUGCAGAGGCAAGUUGGAACUGGGUAGUGAGUGUUACAACCGAGGACAGGCGAUUGUUCCACACUACGCUCUUCAGCACUCGGUAGUCCCGUUCUGUGAGCUUGCCUAUCACUUUGCGGCUGAGCCGUUGUUGCUCCUAGAUGUUUUCACUAAAACAGCACUAACAGUUGACCGGGGAAUCUCAAGCAAGGCAGAAAUUUGACUUGUUGGAAAGUUUGGCAUCCUAUGAUGGUGCCACGUUUAAAGUCACUAAGCUCUUCAGUAAAGCCAUUCUACUGCCAAUGUUUGUCUUUGGAGAUUGCAUUGCUGUGUGCUCGAUUUUAUUUGCCUGUCAGCCGAAUCCACUGAUUUGAAGGGGUGUCCACAUACAUUAUAUAUACAAAAGUAUGUUCUAACUUAUUAUGUAUCAUACUCUUAUGUACACCUCAGGCUGUCUGCCUGUUCUCUGCUGCUGUAACAAUAUGCAUUUUAAAGUGGAAGCUCAAAUUAUUAUUACAUUUUUUUUACACCAUUACAUCCAUUGCAUUUUUA